AUGACGGUACACAAAGAGGAAAAGAAGCGUCUCCACAAGAGAGGGUUGCCCAUACUCCUGCUGGUGCUGGUGCUGCUGCUGGGCUCCUCCUCCGCCACCUACGGCAAAGGAGGAGGAGGAGGAGGAAGAGCAAGAGGAGGACCUUUCACUAACAUCGUAUCUGGAGUGCUGAUAGGAAGAGGAAGCUACAGUGGAGGAGGAGGAGGAGAAAAUUAUGGUGGAGGAGGUGGAGGACAUGGAGGAGGAGGUGGAGGAAGAGGAGGAGGUGGAUACAAUGGAGGAGGAAGUGGUGGAGGGCACAGAGGUGGCUGUGGAAUACAAAGUGGAGGAGGAGGAGGUUAUGGUGGAGGACACAGAGGAGGUGGAGUACAUAGUGGAGAAGGAGGAGGUUAUGGUGGACACAGAGGAGGUGAACAAAAUGGAGGAGGAGGAGGUCAUGGUGGAGGACACAGAGGAGGUGGAGUACAUAGUGGAGGAGGAGGAGGAGGAGGCGAAUACAGUGGAGGCUUUGGAGUUGAAGGAAAUGGAUUCUCUGGCGGUUCAUCCACUGGUUCAUUCGGUGGGGGAGGAAGUGGAGGAAGAGGUGGAAGUGGAAGUUACUCUGGUGGUUUAAAAACUGCUUCAUUCGAUUCAUCUGACGGUGGUUCUUCUAGCGGUUCAUUUAGUGGUUCCAGUGGCUCGUCUUGGGGUGGAAGCUACACAGGUGGUUCUCAAGGUGGUUCGUCUGGUGGUUCAUUUGGAGACUCAUUUGGUGGAUCUAGAUUUGGUCAUUCAUUUGGUUCUUUUGGUGGUUCUAAAGCCGGUUCAUUUGGGGAUUCGAAGGGCGGUUCGUUUGGUUCUGGCAGUUCAUUUGGUGGUUCUGGUGGAUUUAGUGGUUCAAAAGGCGAUACGUUUGGAGUUGGUCACUCAGGCGGGUUCCAUGGUUCCAAAGGUGGUUCUUUCAGUGGUCCUGGUGGGAGCUACUCUGGAGGCUCACACGGUUCAUCUACUGGUUCGUUUUUCGGUUCACUUGGUGGUUCUAAAGGUGGUUCAGGAGCAGGACACACAUUUGGUUCCUUCAGUGGUUCCAAAGGUGGUUCUUUUAGUGGUUCUGGUGGUGGGCACUCAGGUGUUUUUUUCGGUUCGUCUAAUGGUCCAAAAGGUGGUUCAUUUGGAGGUUCCAGUGGUGGUUCUAGUUUUGAUUCUUUCCUUGGUUCCAAAGCUGGUUCUUUUAGUGGUUCUGUUGGAUUUAGUGGUUCCAAGGGAGGUUCAUUUGGAGGUGGACAUUCAGGUGGUUCUUUUAGUGGUUCUAGCGGUGGCUACUCAAGUGGUUCUCAGAGUUUAUCUAGCGGUUCGUUCGGCGGUUCACUUCAUGGCUCAAAUGGUGGUUCGUUCAGUGUUUCAAAAGGCAGUCACUCAUUUGGUUCAUUUAAUGGCUCAAAAGGUGGUUCAUUUUCCGGUUCGCACAAUGGAGGCUCUGGUUCAAGUUACCUUCCUCCCACGGAUCAUUAGGGAACCACUGACCUCUCCUCCUUCCUCUCCCUCUUUCUCUUCCCCCUCUUUCCCUACCUCCCUCCCUCCCUCCUUCUUCUCUUACUGUCUCACAUUCCUUCAUUGAAAUAAAACCGGGAAGGAGGAAAGUGUGUCAAGGGAGAACAGGUGAUUGAAGAAUGUAAAGAAGGAAGAGGAAAAGGAGGAAGCAGAAGAAAUUGGAUCAUACGUCCUUCCUCUUCCUUCCUUCGUCUCUCUUCUACUUCAAUCAUGUCCUUCAGAAAUAUGAAUAGUAGAUAGAAUAGAGACAAAUAGGAAAGCUUGUGAAGAAGGGCAUAGAGAGAUAAAUGGGAAGAGGAAACUGGAGAGAACGAAUGAGGAAUAAGAUAAAAAAGAUAAGAAAAGAGAAGUACAAGAAAACUGAAAGGAGAUAGAUGUAUAGACGAAGAGAAAGAUGAAUGAGGAAGCUUAAAAGUAGAACGAAUGGAGAAUGGAAGAGACUAAAAAGAGAAAAAAAUAAUAGACGAGCUGUCAGAAUAUAAAGAGAGAAAGGAAGGAAAGGUGAAGAAAGAAGAGGAAGCCAGAGAAGAGAGAGAGAAAAAAAUGAAGAAUUAAAGCAAAAAAAGAUAUCUGAGAAUGAGAGAAUGAGGAUGUGAAGAAAGGUGAAAGAUGAGACACAGGUGGAGAAAGAAUGAAGAAUGAGGGAGAAAAAAAAAUGGAAGUGUUUGUAUUAUUGAAAGUCAAAGAAAUAUCACAACUUGUAAACCUUUGAACACUGGUAGGGAGAAUUAUAAGUUGUAAAAAUGCAUGACUUAUGUUUAAAAAGUUUCGAAAUAAUUUAAACUUUUUUUUUUUUGUAAUAAUUGUAAAAGAAUGUGACAAUAAAAGUAAUUAUAUG